GUCUUACUAGCGGUAACACUCGUAAGAUAUACUCUUUGCAGGCGAUGUACAGUGCCUGGCUCCGUGAUAUAGUCUCGCUGCUGAAAAAAAAAAGAAAGAAAGAAAAAAAUUAGCGGCUGGCUCAGUUGUGACUAUUUGACCAUGAUAUCAAUAGGAUAUAUGGACUGCGACGAGGGCUUUUCUAAAGUGCUCUUGACUGCUCGUGGCUUGCGCCGAACACUUCACUCAAGUACCCUACGAUAUGUCCCUCUCUCGAAGAUCUAUAGCAGGUAAGACGUGGGAGAGUGACGACUCUCGAAUCAGGACUCUAACUGAUUCCAUCUCUCAAGGAAGCCUGCAGCUUCUACACAGCGCGAGAAUCACGCCAUUCCAAUGCCAGAAACCGAUUGACAAGCGACCUCGCUCAUCUCUGACGGCCAGUGGACGCCGCCGGAAAGAAGUCGCCCUUGCGACGCACGAUCAACCCCAAAGCUCCACUCAAUACGCACUGACCACCCUCGACCAAGUCGCCAAUUGGGCCCUCCAGGGCUCCUUGUGGCCCAUGACCUUCGGCCUGGCGUGCUGUGCCGUGGAAAUGAUGCAUGCGGCCGGUCCCCGUUACGACAUAGAACGCCUGGGGAUGCUGUUUAGAGCCUCCCCUCGACAGGCGGAUCUCUUGAUUGUCGCCGGCACGUUGACGAACAAGAUGGCGCCAGCGUUCCGACAGGUCUACGAUCAGAUGCCCGAGCCACGAUUUGUGAUCAGUAUGGGCAGCUGCGCGAAUGGGGGUGGGUAUUAUCACUAUAGUUACUCCGUGGUCCGGGGCUGUGAUCGAAUCGUUCCAGUGGAUGUAUAUGUACCAGGAUGCCCGCCAACGGCCGAAGCUUUGUUGUAUGGGAUUUCCAUGGUACAGAAGAAGAUUCGGCGUAGGAAAGUGACUCGGAUGUGGUAUAGACGCUGAGGUCUUGUCAGGUCUCAUUCUGGAAACAUGUAUUUAGUUUCGAUUGACAGAUUGGUUCAAAAGAG